CCCUCUCCUCCCAAAGAAAACUAGAGAUACGGUUUAGGGGCAGAGUCUGGCAAAAGGCAAAGCAAACUCCAACCAUGGCUAUGAGCAGCUUUGCUAGGGAAAUAGAUGCAGUUCUUGAUGCAGCUGAAGGGAAAAAACCUGAGGAGCUGCUGAUCACGUACAAGGGGGUGCUAUAUCCUAGUGUGUUGUGUUGCGCUGAGACCUUCCAAGCAUUGGACACCAUGGAAGUUAGAAAAGAUGAUGUGUUCCUAGCUGCUUAUCCUAAAUGUGGAACUAAUUGGGUUGAACACAUUUUAAAUGACUUGACAUCUGCAGUUCUAAGGGAGGAGGUACCACCAACAAAGCAUUUACAAAUUCUUGAAUUUGGAGUUCCAGAAAAAUUUCAGAAAAUAAAAAGUUUACCUUCGCCACGUCUUUUUACCACACAUCUCCGUUAUGAUAAUAUUCCCAAGGCUGUUUUCGGGAGUAACGCAAAGGUACUGGUGUUAUUUCGAAAUCCAAAAGAUGUAGCUGUAUCCUAUUACCGCUUCUACAACAAAAAUCCUGGGCUUCCAAAUGUCAGCUCCUGGGAUGAGUUCUUUCAGAAGUUCAUGAGUGGAGAAGUCUGCUGGAGCUCAUAUUUUGACCAUAUUCUUGCCUGGAACAAACACAUGGAUAAAGAGAAUAUCAUGAUCAUCACCUAUGAAGAAAUGAAAGAGAACUUACCUCAAGGAGUGAAACAAAUAGCUGAAUUUUUGGGGUUCUCUCUGCCUGAGGAGAAGAUUCAGUCUAUUGCAGAGAAUGCCACCUUUGAAUCAAUGAGCAAUAAAUCCCAAGAAACAUAUGGAAAAUUUGGUCCCAUCCUUUUCAGAAAAGGUACUGUUGGAGAUUGGAAGAAUCUGUUCACUGAAGCUCAAAGCCAAGAAAUGGAUGCCAAAUUUGAAGAAUGUUUAGCAGGAACGAAACUGGGAGCCAGGCUAAAAUAUGAUAAAUACUGCAAAUAUUAAAUCCUUGAAUAUCAGAAUGACAUUAGCAUUUACUCAGAAUCAUCAUCUAUUUUACUACCUUUUGUUUGAGAAUGUAGAGAUUAAAAUAAUUAGCCUUUCACGCAAGAAUUUUCACACAAAAAACAACCAAACCCAAGACACAGUAAAUAAGGCUAGUGGUCCAAAUACUGCCCAUCUGUGACUUAUUUAGACUUAGUGGCAUAGUGGCACAUGAGGCAACCCACUUUUCCUACUGCUGCCUGUCCAGAACAAGAUGUUUGACUCAAUUGUAAAUUGUCUCCAUGAUGGCAACAACUUUUGCAAUUGUCUUGCAAUAGGCCAUUUUUUAUCCUUCGUGCCUUCUCUUCCCUCCAGGUGGAAUCCCAUAGAAUGCUACGACUACAGUAAGCAGCUUUUAGCAACAUGGCUGUGCCGCUACAGCCGUGCCGCUAAAAGCCGCGCAGUGUAGCUGCUGUUUGUCGUCAGGAGAGAGCUCUCCUGCCGACAAAAAAAUUCCACCCACAACGAGCAGCAGCAGCUUUGUCGGUAGGUUCACACCGGCACUUUUCGUUGGUAAAACUUUUGUCGUUCGGGGUGGCGGUUUUUAUCGUUCAGGGGUGUUAAAAAAAAGUUUUGCCAACGAAGUUCCAGUGUAGACACAGCUAAGAUAUACCUUGUGCUUCUGCCUUGAGGUAGCCUGAUGACAUGGCCAAACCACCGUAGUCAUCUCUGUCUAACUGAGUCCACAGUCUGUUGACUCGUGCCAUGCAACACUGACAUUGGAGAGAUCGUGUAACCAAUGAGUUUCCAAAAUUCUUCUCAAACAAAGCUGGUGAAAUGCAUUCCUCUUUCUGUUUGUGUACUUCCAACAUCUGCCACAUUUCUGGCACGUACAGUAGUGUCGGAAGGAUCAUAGCAUUGUACAAUCUCAUUUCAGUGUGUAGAUCUAUCUUCUUACUUUUCCAGGUUUGACAAAUGAGAAAAUUAUCCACUUGCUUUGCCAAAAUCUUUCCUUCACUUCUUUAGUAAGCUACCCAUUAUAAGAUAUUGGACUUACAAGAUAAACAGUCAUCAACUCUUUUGUAUUUUUCUCCAUCAAUUGUUCAUCUGCCAUUGUUGACUGUAUUCUCUCCUAUCUACAUAAUCUUGGACUUCUGCAUACAGAUACCAAGUCCCACUUGAGGCCGCGUCUGCUUUUAUGCUCAUAACAAAUCUUUUCAUUCCAUCCAUGUUGGUAUCCGGUCUGACUGUCAUCUGUUAAAUCUAGGUAAAUUCUCCAGCUUAUCUCUUGCCCAAAGAACAUCAGUAUCCUCAGCAACAACCAUCACUCUUCUCAUCACGAAAAGGAAGUGCAGAAGAAAAGUGGGGAUAGUACGCAGCCUUGCAUUACACCAAUAAUAAUCUUAAACCAUUUCAUUUCUUUGCUAAUUUGAUAAAAACUUUGUAGGGCAAAUCUGCAGAUGGCACCAGGACAGACAGUAAUCUAUUCUGGAAUGUCUCAGGAUCUUCCAAAGGGCUUCUCUGUGGACACUAUCAAAUCCUUUCAUAAAAUCAAUGCAAUUUAAAACUGUCUUCUGCUGGUCUUCUAAACCUUUCUCAAUGAGUCUUCUCAAGGUGAAAAAUCUGAUCUGAACAUAACUUCUUAUUGAAAUCUAGCCUGUUCUUCCCUGAAUACUUUCUCAACAACCAUUUCAUCCUAUUCAAAAUGAUAAUGCAAAACACUUUUUUAGGUAUAGAUAGGAGUGUCACUCUUCUCCAGUUAUCACAAAUAAACUGGUUCCACUUUUCAGGGAUUAUACAGAUAAUGUCUCAUCGCCAAUCUUUAGGACAGAUCUCCUUUUGCCAAACCAUUCUGUACAACCUUCAUAUGUAAUUCAAAUCACUUUCUUUUCAGCUUUUAACAUUUCAGCAUCUAUUUUAUUAUAGCCUGGUGCUUUACCACUCUUCAGUUGGAUUAUGGCCUCAGUUAUUUCUUCAAAGAUGAUUACUUCUAGUGAUAUAGGUAAAUCCACUAUUUCUUCACAUCUGUCAGUGUACGUUCGUGGUUCUGGCUGGCUGAGCACAAAUUAGAAAUGUUCCCAUCCACCAGGCUCCUUGUCAUUCCUCUGUGGUUUAAAAUCCUACCAUCUCAUGUCUUCACAGUCCCACAGUGGUUUGAGAAUUGUGAUGUCAGUCAUUUAGAUACUAGAAAAAGUUUUGUAGAAUCCCCUCUCUUGUACACCUUCUUAGCUUUUCUUGCUUUGUUUUCCAGCCAUUCUCUCUUUUCUUUUCCAACUGAUAUUUUAACAUUUUUGUCUUUGACCACCUAUUUUUGUUGUAGAAUAACUCUUUUGCUACUGUCUUGUUCCUGUUGAAUUCUCUUCUUCAAUUCUUUCCUCUCUCCAACAAGUCCAUGUAUUUGUUUGGAGCCAUUUUGCUUUCUUAAACCUUCUCAUUCCCACUAUAACCCUGGCUGCAUCCACAUGCACGUCUUUGAAAACUGCCAUGGUUCUUCUGUCAUUGGUCAGUGUAUGUAACUCUUCAAAUCUGUUGUUCAUCUGCAGUUUGAACUGCACCUUCACUGCUGGAUCUGCUAGCUUUCUAGUAUCACACAUAUGCUCUGCCUUGCCUGGUGCUGCCUUCUCUAGUUUUAUUUGGAUCAUCCGAAUAACAAAAUGGCGGUCGCUUCCCACAUCAAUACUCUUAUGCUGUUGGAAGCUAGGGUGUGAUCUUCUCCAGCUCCAAUUUAAUGGCAACAUAGUCUAGCUCAGGGGAAGUCAAUUAUUUUUGGUCAAGGUAGAGUCAAGAUCCAGACUCUAGAGAAAAUAAUAAAAAUAAUAACAACAAGUAAAUAAGACUUUGGGGUCUGUUCAAAAGUAUCUGGUGGUCCAGAUUUGGCCUGCGGCCCCCCUAUUGACUACCCCAGUCUAGCUAUUUCUGGGUGAAGCCAUCAUUUGAUCCCCAUGUCAGUUUUGUCUUUCCUUUGGGGCAACAUUAUUUCCACACAUCUAUAUGGGUGUAAGAGGUAUUUAGCUGAAUAUGUAGAACACAUGAAUGAUAUACUAGAGUGCCUUUGGCUAUUUCAGUUUAAUUUUUUCAUAAUCUGCCAGUGAUUCAGGUUGAUUCCUGCUCCAGAUCCAAAUUUUCUGAAAGUCCAAGGUUCUUGAGCAUCCUGGGGUCUUGCUUUGGACACAUUUCUCAUCUUCAGUAGUUAAUUUGUUCAUCUGUGUAUCCUAUAUUCUCUGCAGCCUUGUAUGAAGUUCUUGUAGAGUCCAUUGAUUUGAUGGUAAAUCAUCCUGGCAAAAAGUUAACAGGAGAAUGCAUCAAGGGUUCUGUACUAGAUCUAGUGGUGCUUAAUAUAAUUAUUAAUGAUCAGGAAAGGUGAGUGAGUAAUGAGGUAGCAAAAUUUGCAGACUGAACGAAGUUACUGAUGUUAAUGAAGACCAGAGAGGACUGUGAGGAAUUUUAGAGACAUUUAAACAUGUUAGGUGAAGGGGAAAAUGAAGUUUAAUAUUGAUAAAUACAAAGUAAUGCACAUUGGAGGGAAAAAUUUAAACUAGUCACACACAUUACAAAGUUCUUAAUUAAUUGUAUUAAUGCAGGACAGGGACCUGGGUGUCAUUCUAGACAGCUCAGUGAAGACCACUGCUGAAGGGGCAGGUGUUUUUAUUUAAAAAAAAAAAAAAGCAAAUAUGAGGAUGUGUAUACAGUGGAAUGGAGAAUAAUAUGGAAAAUGUUAUAAUGCCCUUAUAUAAAUCAGUUAUGCAGCCUCAUCUGGAAUACUGUGUGCAAUACCGGUACCCCGUCUCAAAAAAACAUCUCAUAAUUAAGGGAUUCAGAGAAGGGAGAAAAUGAUGAUUAAGGACAUGGAAAAUCUUAUCUGAAGAGAUUGGAAAGGUUGGGAUUGUUUACCUCAGCAAGGAGUAUAUAAAAUAAUAGAUGGCCUAAAGAUGGGAGACCUGGACCUUCUUUUCAAGCUAUCCUGCCAUGGCUCAAGAGUGUGAAUACCACCCUCUGGGCAGAUUGUUAAGAACCAGGGCACAAAGCCCAAAUUGGUGGUGAGUUUUAUACUUAGAUUUCACCAACCAAUUAUCAAGUAUACUCCUCAGGCACUAUAACAGCCUUAACAUGAAGUCACAGACAGUAUGCUGAUCUAUGCUGCAAUCCAGGUCAGCUUACAUUUGUGAUAGAUGGUUCCUUACGCCAAAGCUCACAGCAAUAUUCUGGUUACUCCCAGUCCCAAAGGACCAGUCACUUACCCCAGAUCAAUUGCACCUUAGAUCUUACACCAAAGACAAAGCUUGUAGUCAAUGCUAUAAUAAACUAUCUGAAGAUUUAUUAUAUAGUAAAAGGAAACAAGAGUUAUUUACAAGGUUAAAGCAGGUAAACUGAUAUAUACACACACAAGUUACAAUCUUAAAUUCCAAUAAGUAACAGAAGCGUGUAGAAUAAGCAAGCACUGUGGGUACAUCUACAUUAGAAUAAAAGACCCAUGCCAUGAUCACAGCAGGCUUUGGUCAGCUGACUGGGACUUGGGAUGCAGGAUUAAAAUUGCUGUGUAGACGAUCGUGCUUGGGGUAGAGCCAGAGUUCUGGGACCCUAUCCCAUUGUAGAAUUAUUGUAUUAUAAACACAAAUGCUUAACUAUUACCUUACACUAUGGAUCACGGAUGCUAUAAAUGAGAUUAAUGAAUGCGGCGAUUUAUCACUAUUCAAUAAAGUCUAAACACUAAGCACA